AUGGUUGUAGAAAGAGGGAGCCUAUCAGCCCGCAGCCCUCUCGGGGGCCCUGCUGUCCCCUGCGGGUGGAGGGAGCUGAGAGACACCAGAUCUCUUCACUGCCUUCCAGAGGAGGAGCGCCCAGGUAACCAGCCGCCGCUUCCUCCUCCUUCCCCUGCAGGCUGGAUCCUCAUCGACCGCUGUGGGAAGCACUUUGGUACGAUACUCAACUACCUUCGUGACGGGGCGGUCCCCUUGCCUGAGAGCCGCCGGGAGAUCGAGGAGCUGCUGGCAGAAGCCAAGUACUACCUGGUCCAGGGCCUGGUGGAGGAAUGCCAGGCAGCACUACAACAGAACAAAGAUACUUAUGAGCCUUUCUGCAAAGUUCCUGUCAUCACCUCAUCCAAGGAAGAACAGAAACUUAUAGCUACUUCAAAUAAGCCAGCCGUGAAAUUGCUCUACAACAGAAGUAACAACAAAUACUCAUAUACCAGCAAUUCCGACGACAAUAUGUUGAAAAACAUUGAACUCUUUGAUAAGCUCUCUCUGCGCUUUAACGGAAGGGUCCUAUUCAUAAAGGAUGUCAUUGGAGAUGAAAUCUGCUGCUGGUCCUUUUACGGUCAGGGCCGCAAGAUUGCCGAAGUCUGUUGUACUUCCAUCGUCUAUGCCACUGAGAAGAAACAGACCAAGGUGGAGUUCCCUGAAGCCCGGAUUUAUGAGGAGACCCUGAAUAUUUUGCUGUAUGAGGCCCAGGAUGGCCGGGGACCUGACAAUGCGCUCCUGGAGGCCACUGGUGGGGCCGCGGGGCGCUCCCACCACCUGGACGAAGACGAGGAGCGGGAGCGGGAACGGAUCGAGCGUGUGCGACGGAUCCACAUCAAGCGCCCGGACGACCGGGCCCACCUGCACCAGUGAGCAGACAAGCACCGAGCCGCUCUCCGUCCUCCCUCCUCCUCCGCCCCGCUGUUCACUCAGAUCCUCUGCAGGCUCCCGGGCACCUUCCACUUGCCCUGGAGUCUGGAGAUACUUUUGUAACAAGCCAGAUGGUUAUUUUGAUAUUUCUUGACAAGGUGACUGUCUUUACCCGGGUAACUGCACCUGCGAGCUGUGUCGGGGUCUCUGCUUUUCAUGAGAAUCUGAGAAUCCCUGAAGCCAGGCUGUCUUCGUUCUUCGCAGAAAAGUAUGAAUGGUAUGAAGUGUACAUGAGAACUUCUGUUUGCAGUAUUUAUUUUUGUGGGUGUUGACUACCUGUUUGUUCUUCUUGGGUGGCAUUCCCUUCAGGGCUCAGUGUGACAGCUCUGAGAGGGCUGGCGGCCACCAGAGGCGUCUGUAAGCUUCCUGUCUCAUAGCCCUUCAGCCCAGCUCACUGGCUCCCAGGCCCUGGACACUAGACCAGGCACAGUCUCCACAGCUUUGCCAGAAGUCUGUUCCAUAACAGGCUUUCGUGUGCCUACAGCUCAUUGGUAAAUAAUUGUUGCUUGAGCUUCGUGCCUCUAAAUCGUUGUUCCUAGUGUAGCUCUAGCUCUGGAUGCCUGGCUCUGUUUAAGGGGAAGGCCUGUUGCUGCCUUUCUGAUCUGUGGUCGGGCUUGUUGGGACCCCACCUGACUGGCUAAGGGCAGAGCUGUCUCUGGCAGCGAGUCCUCAGCUGUGUUCCUGGCUCCUUCCCUGCCCCUCCAGUUGCCCUCCUCGUCGUCCCACUCUGCCCCCGGCAAGGCCUUCUGGCCUCGUCACGGGCAGAGCUCACAAACCACUGCUCUGUGCGAUCCAGUCCUUUCUCCCUGGCCUUCUUUCCUGGUAAGCUGGGCUUACUGCCCAAGUGGAUGCCCUGCCUUUUGUCUGGAUAUGAAAUGUGGCCCAGACUCCCAGCCUGGCAUCCAGGCAGGAACGCUACUCCCACCAGCAGUCUCAGGGUAGCUUGCCUGCUGUAAAUGCAGCCAUCACCUGGAGCGCCUCUUCCUGGCUUUACCUGAUUUUUACACAGUGCGGAGGGGCCCCCAAGUGAGCAGAGUAUGUGCAUGUGUGCAGAUCCUUUGGGGUCUGUUUAGUGUCCGUGUUCAUGUUUGUUUAAGGGAUGUGUGCAGCUGGUGACAGGGAUGUGCAUUUGUGGGGCACAGGUGCUGGAGCCCGGCGGUCUGCACGGCGCUCAUGGAGGACAGAUGUUCUCAGUUACCUACCUCCCAGUCUCCUGUGCACCUGUGAAGGGACAGAAGUGACUUGUGACAAUGUGAGUGGUUGAGACUAGACUAGGUCUAGUUAUAAGGAGGUGUGAAUGUGUGUAAGGUGGUGGGUGGGUUUUGUCUGCUUUUCAAGGGAAACUUUACUGUUUUAUACCAAAGGUAUUAACUUGGGCAGCCUUUGACACAUGUAUUCCAAAAAACGAGUUUAUAUUUUGAAAUGGUUUUUACAGCUUAGACUUUGUGUGUACUGUGUGCCCUACUUGGGACAGUUGUAUGCCUUUAUUUUGUAUCCAGCAGCAAAGCCUUCAAUAAAACUUUCAAACAAUCAUGACUGAACCUAAACAUGUAUCAAGUAGAUGAUUUUUAAACUGUUGUUUGGGAAACUUCAUAGUAGGCCAUUCAGAUUUUGUUGCUAAGGAUAGGGGGACUAAAAAAACUUUUUGUAAAAAAUAUUUUAUACUAUUUAAGUUUGAAACCCCAACCCUGCCAUUUGGGUUGAACUUUUUUAGAAGGUUAAGUGAAUGUCAGUUCUGAUGUUUUCUGUUGGAAUGGAAAAGCCAUCAUAUAAAUUGCUUUUUUAAAUGUUUAUAUGACAAGUUUACGGAAUGGUCUGUUUUGUUUGGACUUCUCCACCUUAUGACCUAAUGUUUCUGGCAGUCUACUUUCAUUUUUCCUCCAACUUUGCACUUGUAGUUUUGAGUCUUUGCUUCCCUGGGAUAGGAACAGGUUCAUAAAACAGUCCCUGGUGAAUGAUACUGUGAGCCGCUCGGCCAUGAGCUGACCAACUGUUGGCCGGUCCAAGCUCUGUUAGCAAAUACCUGCAAGGAGCUGAUUUUCUUAUGCUAGCACUGAAGGCAAACAAAGGUUUUACAUUUAGCCAUCCAAGUAAAACGCUGGCCUGAGAUUUGGUGAAGACUAACAUUUCAUUGCAUGUAAUAGUUUACAAUUAAAAAAAUAGACCAGCCUUUGGUCUUUUGUAAUCAA